UUUUUUUAUUGGUAGCAUCGCUACUUACAUGUUUUAUUUCUAUUUCCUAAUUACAAUUUUAAUUUGAGUGUUUUGACGAAAUUAUAGAGUAUGUUAUAUAUACUGUCAAAUGUCAGUAGAUUUUUUAAAUUUAUAGGUAACUGAAUUUUGUUGUUAAUUAGGUUUUGAUAUAAUAAAUUAAUUUCUAAAUCGUUUAGAAUACAAUCCAAAAAUAUAUGUUGUAAAUCAGCAAUCUCAUCACAAAUACACAAAUCAUUAUCUAUUAUACCUAUUCGCUUCAUAUAUUGAGGGUAUAAAGCAUGAUUAGUUCUAAUUCUGCUAAUCGUUUGGAUUAGUGGUCUAUUUGACAGCUUAUCAAACCACGGUUUUACCCUUAUAUUAGGUUGAAUAGAUUUAUAAAAAUUACCUGUUUCCUUCUCUACAUUUUGCUUGCCAAUUUUGAUCCCUUUUAUAUUUGAAACAAGUAUUUAGAUCGGAUAGGGGGAUUUUAAAAUUACUUAUGUAAUUAAGUUUUGUUGCAGUUUUAGCCAAAAAGUCUACUUUUUCAUUAUUAGGUAUUCCCAUAUGGGCUUUGACCCAAGAUAUGUAUAUUCGUUUAUCCUGAUUUCUUGCCUCAAAAUUUAGUUUUAAAAUGUCCAGAAUUAUGUAAUUAACUUUAGAAUUGAAAUUAAAAUUUUGAAACUUUUGAACUAAACUUUUGCAGUCUGUGAAAAUGACAAAAUUUAAUUCCUCUUGAUUGAUGUUUACAUUGGUCAAGUAUGGACUAUUCUAAUUUUUGCUGCGGAUAGAUAACGUUGUAUUGUAGACAAUUGUUUAAUUUUGUGGUAUGGUUCUUUUUUUCCGGGCGUACGAGUUAUUUUCAAAUAUCUUCAACAGUUUUAAAAAUAUCGCAGGUAAGAGUAAUUUGCGAUAUAAUAUGAUCAUAUACGAUUUCUAUUUAAACAAAUUAUUAUCUGUGUAUGGUUUGAUUACGUUUGUAAUUGAAUUUAUAAUUAGGAUCGCGUGAAGGUACAGAGUGGCUCAUAUUAAAGGGGUACACAGUGGCUCGUGCGCCACUGUGUACUCUACUAAUUAAAUAGAUGUAAUAUAUUUUUUUUUCAACAGAAUGCCGCGAGCAAAGACGGAGAGAAAAAUUGGAAACCAUACAGAUAAUGAUAUGAGAAAGGCUUUGCAAAUCAUACAUAGCAGUGAAAGCAUAAGAAAGGCUGCUAAAGAAUUAAAAAUAGCGGCUACCACUAUAAGACGUUAUUAUAAUAAGUUGAUAAUCCUGAAACUGAGUUUAGUUCCAAAAUAUGAUAUAAAUAAGGUUUUUACUAAUGCACAAGAACGAGACUUAAAACAGUAUUUUAUAGAUUGCUCUUUGAUGUUUUAUGGUCUUACUACUGAUGAUUGCCGUCAAGUCGCUUAUCAAAUGGCGAAAAUAAAUAAUAUUAAAAUGCCCAAAAAUUGGGAAGAUCGUUCGAAAGCCGGAAUAGAUUGGCUAAAAGGAUUCCGGAAGAGACAUGCAGAACUGUCGUUACGUAAACCGGAGCUUUGUAGCUUAGCCAGGGCAACUGCAUUUAAUAAAGCAAAUGUUAAAACUUUCUUUGAUAAUCUUGAGAAGCUCAUUAAAAGACACCCAAAUGAAUUUUCUGAUGGUACCAGAAUCUAAAAUUUAGAUGAAACCGCAACUUUCACCGUCCAAAAUCUCCAAAAAGUAAUAACACUUAAAGGGCAUAAAAAUGUAGGUAAGGUCACAAGUGGAGAAAAGGGGGCCCUUGUAACAACUUGCUGUAUUAUUAGCGCCAGUGGACAAUCUUUACCUCCCGUUAUGGUUUUCCCGAGGAAACACUUUAAAGAUCACAUGAUUAAGGGUGCCCCUGCAGGAACAUUGGGAUUAGCAGCUCCAAGUGGUUGGAUGAACAGCGAACUUUUUCUACCAGUCAUUAAUCACUUCAUUAAACAUGCAUUUUAAUAAUGGAUAACCAUGAAUCCCAUUUAUCAAUAGAAGCACCAGAUAGAGCAAAGGCAUCAUAGGAGUUUAUAUACUGAUACUUCAUCCUCUGCUAAACUACAGCCCUUAUAUGUCAGUGUGUUUGCACCAUUUAAAUGUUUUUAUUAAUAACGCUUUAGAUUCGUGGCUCUUUACACAUCCAGGAAAACCACUCACCAUUUAUGAAGUCGCAGAAAUUGUAGGAAUAGCUUUCAUUAGAGCAAUGACACCUUUAAAUAUCAAAAAAAGUGGUAUUUUCCUAUUUGAUCGGGAUGUGUUUACGGACAUAGAUUUUUUACUGAGUACAGUAACCGAUCGUCCCGUUCCUGAUGUAUCUGCCAAUAAAAGUAAACCAACUCAGUCUGGAUCCCAAUCUUGUUCAACAAAACCCUCAACUUCCUCUGAUAUAACUGUUAUAUCUGAUGCAUUUCAUCUCGAUUUAGCCCUACUCAACUAACUGUUUCUCGUUUAUCUGAUCUUCCUGUGGAAUCGCCUCAUUCAUUUACAACUGAAAUCUGUUAUUCCAUCACUGCAGUUUGAACCCAAUUCAAAGUUCAUCCCAAUUCACAAAGUUCAUCUGUUUAAACUUACGUAUCACCGCAACAAUUUCGAGAAUCUCUGAAGGCUGGUCCAAAACAAAAUAAACGAAAGCCACGAAAAUUAGGAAGGAGUAUGAUUGCUACGGACACUCCCGAGAAAAAUGAAAUUGAAAUGGAAAGAAAUGCAGCUAAAAGAACAAAGGGCACUAAAAAAAUAAAAACGCAAAAGUGGUUCGACAAGUUCUAAAAAGUUACUCUGAAGACGAAAUUGAAGAAACUUUGUCACUAUGUGAUUCUGAUGACAAUUGGUGCGAUGACAAAAACAUAGAAAACUGUGAUCAUGAUCCUGUCUUAACGGAGAAGGAUCUUGAAUUACCAUUAUCACGGAUACCAAAAAAUUGUUGUGUUGACUAAAUUUGCCACUAAAAAAACAAAUAAUUUUUUACUUAGGACAGAUACUUAAACCUAGUAAUGACUCUUUAGAAUAUUUCAUCAGUUUUUUGAGGGUAAAGGACAAACAUCGUCAACAAUUUCAUAUGCCUACUGAACCAGAUUUAUCCUACAUCUACGAAGAUAGCCUACUAUGUCUGGAAGCACUUCAAGACGACAGUCUUACUAUUAUUUUGCUGUAAAUUUUGACAUGAUAAAAAAUCUACGUUAAUGUUUUGUUUUAAUUUUUUUCAAUAAUGGCUCUUUAAUUUACCUACUGUUUAUUUUUAUUUAGUUACUGUUUAUUUAGUUCGAAUGUUUGCAAUAAAAAAUGUCAGCACAUCGGUUGUUUUACUAGUACCUACGUACUUAAUGUUAUUACCAUUUCUUUAACUGAUCCACUGUGUACACCUCCCGGUACACAGUGGCUCAUUUCAUAUUUUUUCUUUAAAUCACAUUUUUUGUAAAUCAUUUAUUUUAACAUAUUUAUAUCAUGCAAGGUAAGUAGUAGUAGUAUUUCCAAGUUAUCGUCUGCAUUAAUUUGAAACGAAGUAAAUGAUUUUGUGAGUGGUUUAUUGUACUUUGAAUUUUACAUGCGCCACUGUUGCCACACUGACCCUACUCAUCAUAAAUAAAUAAAUAAUGAUGACGUGUUUCAGGGUUUUGGAUUUUUACAUUUUAAGGGAGGGAGUGAUGAAAGUAAAAUUAUAUAAAAUAAAAAAAUAAAACGAAAUAAAAAUAAACAAAAAUAUAUAAAAAUAA